GGGGGUAGGCGGAGACUAAAUUAAAGAGAGAAGACCCAAAAAUGGCACCGGCCAGUAAAACCGGGCAUUUGAAAAUGAGAUGCUGCCUCUUGCUGCUGGUGCUCCCGCUGACGUGCUAUCACGCCCAUGCUGCAUCCAAAGGCGUCACUACCAGCUUGAAUGCCAAGUGGCCCAUCACACCUCUUCUGCUAGAGACAAGUGAAUUUAUUGCAGAAGAUGGUGAAGACAAAUUCUGGCAGUUUGUUGAUACUGUGAAAGAACUAACAGUGUACAAGAAUGGCGAGUCUAUCCGCUCAUACUACAACCUGAUCAUCAAGAAGGCCGGUCAGUUCGUGACUGACCUGCAGUCAAGCCUCCUUAAAUUCUCCCUGUCCCUGAGAGCCUUCUCACCUGCUGUGCACGCGUUCCAACAGAUAGCCAAUGACGAGCCGCCGCCGGAAGGCUGCUCCGCCUUCGUCUCCAUCCAUGGCCAGCACACCUGCAGCACCAAGGAGGUGAAGAAGCUUCUGAAGGCUGCAGCAGGCAGGCCGAAGCCUUACCUGUAUAAGAUGGACCACAAGUACCCUGGAGGUAACAUGACAGAUCUGCCCGUGGCUAUUCUCUACGCCGAAAUCGGCACCAAAAAGUUCAACACCUUCCACAAGCUGCUGUCUGAGAAGGCUGGAGAGCGGAAGCUAGUCUACGUCCUGCGCCACUUUGUGAAGGAAGAGAAGGUGGGAAAGAUGCGGCUCUCUGGAUAUGGGGUUGAACUGGCCAUCAAAAGCACAGAGUACAAAGCAGUGGAUGAUACAAAAGUGAAAGACUCAAAAGCCGCACCAAAUGCUGAGGAAGAUGAAGAUGACGAAGUGCACGGCUUUCUGUUCAAGAAAUUAAAGAAGUCUCACCCUGCAUUACAGAAGCAGCUGGGAGAGCUUCAGAGACACCUGCUGGAGAGCAGUAAUGACAUGGCUCCUCUCAAAGUGUGGGAGCUGCAAGAUCUGAGUUUCCAGGCAGCUGCCAGAAUCAUGUCUGAAGCCAAGUUUGAUGCCCUGAAGCUACUGAGGGACCUUAGCCAGAACUUUCCCUCUAAAGCCAGAUCCCUGACCAGAGUGGCCGUAAAGCAAGAAAUGAGGAGAGAAAUCGAGGGAAAUCAAAAGGUAUUGACUGAAACAUUGGGGAUUCAACCCGGAGAUGCGGGCCUAUUUAUCAACGGUAUCCAUGUGGAUCUAGACGUUCACAACCCCUUCAGCAUUUUGGACAUGAUCCGAGGCGAGGCCCGGGUCCUGGAGGGUCUGUUCAGCCUGGGCCUGAAGGGCGAGGCCCAGAGCCGUCUGCUGAGACUGCCCGUUCACCCCCUGGACGACGGCUACGCCCUGGACAUCCGCCAUCCCGCCAUUACCUGGAUAAACGACAUCGAGACGGACCCUACGUACCGAAGCUGGCCCUCCAGCCUGCAGGAGCUGCUCCGAGCCACCUUCCCCGGCGUCAUCCGCCAGAUCCGCCGCAACCUCUUCAGCCUGGUGCUGUUCAUCGACCCCGCCCACGAGGACACGGCUGAGCUGGUGAGGCUGGCCGAGCUCUUCUACACGCACAAGGUUCCUCUCAGGAUUGGGUUUGUUUUUGUCGUCAGCACUGAUGACAAAGCUGACGGUUAUGUGGACGCAGGUGUGGCUUUGUUCAGGGUGCUGAGCUACGUGGCUGAAGAGUAUGACUUCUCCCAAGCCUUCCUGUCCAUGGUGUCCAUAUACAGUCGAGUGGAGGCCGGAGAGAUUCUGUCCGCUGACACGGUGGCUGCCUAUCUGAAGAAGAAGUUUCCCAAUGCCAACGCUGCCAAGGUCCUGGGGCAGGAGUCUCUGUAUGACGAAAGGAGAAAGGCUGGAAGCAUGUUCUACAGGAAGAGUGGCCUGGGGCCACUUCCUGUGGCCCUCUUUAAUGGCGUCCCCCUGAGCAGUGAAGAGAUGGACCCCGAGGAGCUGGAGACCAUCCUGCUCCAGCGCAUCAUGGAUGCCACCAACUUCUUCCAGAGAGCUGCCGUCUUGGGUCAGCUGAGCGAUGAAACAGACGUGGUGGACUUCCUGAUGGAUCAGCCCAACGUGGUGCCUCGCAUAAACCCUCUCAUCCUGAGCACAGACAGGAAGUACCUGGAUUUCACUGCCUCUCCAGUUGUGAAUGAGUGGGAUGACAUGAAUAUGUUCUCCUAUCUGGAUUCCAAAGACAAGACUGUAGUCGUCUCUGCCAACAUGAAAUAUCUGACCAAAACUGAUGAGGAGGUGGUUUAUGGACAAACCAUCUGGGUUAUUGUGGAUUUAGAGGCACCAGCGGGAAGGAGGCUGUUGGCCAAUGCUGUGAAACAUAUGAAGUCCAGCCCUAACGUGCGCGUGGGAGUGAUCGCCAACCCUGGCUCCAGGCCAACGGAGGAGAGCACCGCAAUUGGCCGAGCCAUCUGGGCCUCACUCCUCACCCAAAAGAGCAAGGACACCUUUAAUUUUGUCCAGAAGCUAGUAAAGGAGGAGACUGGCCAGCUCCUCCAGCAAGGAACCAAGAUUAAAGACCUGCUUCCAGAGGGCAUGGACCAGGACAGCUUUGAGAAGAAGUUUAACACCCUGGAGCUGGGCUUCCUCCACAGCCAGGAGCUCUUCUGCCGGGACGCCCUGAAGCUGCAGCCGGGGGAACGGGCCGUGGUCAGCAACGGCAGGAUUUUGGGGCCUUUUGGGGAAGAGGAGGAGUUCGGUGCAGAGGACUUCCACUUGCUGGAGAAGAUCACGCUUGGCACCUCUGCUCAGAAGAUCAAGGCUCAGGUCAAGCAGACGGGAGCCAAAGGGAGACAGGCCAGUGAUUUGGUGAUGAAGGUCGACGCCCUGCUGACCGCCGCCCCCAAAGGAGAGCCCCGGAGAGACGUUAAGUUCGCCAAAGACGAAUUCAGCGUGCUCCACCUCUCUGAGCGGGAGGAGGAGGUGUUCUACGACGUGGUGGCACUCGUGGACCCCCUCAGCAGAGAGGCCCAGAAGAUGUCCGCCCUGCUGAUCGUGCUGAGUCGUGUGGUCAAUAUGAACCUGCGAUUGUUCAUGAACUGCCGGGCCAAGCUCUCUGAGACGCCCCUGAAGAGCUUCUACCGCUACGUGCUGGAGUCAGACGUGGCGUUCCUCGGCAACAACACCCUGUCCCCCGGACCCAUGGCCCACUUUGGCGACAUGCCCGAGUCGCCCCUGCUCACCCUCAACAUGAUCACUCCCGAGAACUGGAUGGUGGAGGCGGUGCGGAGCUCCUACGACCUGGACAACAUCCACCUGCAGGAGAUCAGUAGCUCUGUGACUGCAGAGUAUGAGCUGGAGCAUGUGCUGUUGGAGGGGCACUGCUUCGACCUCUCCACGGGCCAGCCCCCCCGCGGCCUGCAGUUCAUCCUGGGGACCAGGACCGCCCCCCUGGUGCAGGACACCAUCGUCAUGGCCAACCUGGGGUACUUCCAGUUAAAGGCCAACCCUGGGGCCUGGGUGCUGAAGCUUAGAGAGGGCCGCUCUGAAGAGAUCUACCAGAUACUCGCGCAUGAUGGCACAGACUCCCAGGCAGAGACAGGCGAUGUCAUUGUUGUCCUCAAUAGUUUCCUCAGCAAGAUCAUCAAAGUCAGGGUGCAGAAAAGGGCAGAAAAAAUGAACGAGGAUCUCCUUAGCGACAGCACGGAGAACAAAGGAAUUUGGGAAUCCAUAACAAGGGUGUGGAACUCUGUGGAAAGAAGUCUCGCCGGCGGGGGGUCAGAGGAGGGGCAGAGGAAGAGGGAGGACGUGUUGAACAUCUUCUCGCUGGCUUCAGGGCAUCUGUACGAGCGCUUCCUCAGAAUAAUGAUGCUCUCAGUACUGAAGCACACCAAAACACCUGUCAAGUUCUGGUUCCUCAAGAACUACCUCUCCCCUUCUUUCAAGGAGUCUAUCCCCCACAUGGCAGAGGCCUACGGCUUCAGCUAUGAGCUGGUUCAGUAUAAGUGGCCGCGCUGGCUUCACCAGCAGACGGAGAAGCAGCGUAUAAUCUGGGGCUACAAGAUCCUCUUCCUGGACGUGCUGUUCCCCCUGGCCGUCGACAAGAUCAUCUUCGUGGACGCCGACCAGAUUGUGAGGGCAGACCUGACUCAGCUCAGGGACCUGGAUUUGGAGGGCGCCCCCUAUGGGUACACCCCCUUCUGCGACAGCCGGAAGGAGAUGGAUGGAUACCGCUUCUGGAAGUCUGGGUACUGGGCCUCCCACCUGGGGAACAGGAAAUACCACAUCAGUGCUCUGUACGUGGUGGACCUGAAGAAGUUCCGGAAGAUCGCUGCGGGGGACCGGCUGCGUGGGCAAUACCAGGCCCUGAGUCAGGACCCGAACAGCCUGUCCAACCUGGACCAGGACCUCCCCAACAACAUGAUCCACCAGGUGGCGAUAAAGUCCCUGCCUCAGGAGUGGCUAUGGUGUGAGACCUGGUGCAAUGAUGCAUCGAAGGCCACAGCCAAGACCAUUGAUCUGUGUAAUAACCCCAGGACUAAGGAGCCCAAGCUGACGGCGGCCGUGCGGAUCGUGCCGGAGUGGGCGGAGUACGACAGAGCCGUGAAACGCCUGCUGAAGACCGUCCAGGACGAGAACACUGCCGAGGUCAAAGGUCAUUCUUCACCACAGAAAGGAGGCCUGCGGCGUGACGAACUCUAACAGCCGUCUCCGGUCAAGCCAGACGGGAAACAUCGCAGUUCUGCACUUUAGACUGAAGACUGACGAUUUCUGCUUCUGAAAAAAAAAAUGAAAAAAAAGAAGAUGCGCAAACAUUGCCAAGAAGUAUUAAUCACACAGUUUCAAAGAUGUGUAUAUAUAUACGCAAGAUAAAUACUUUUUCUCACAGGUUUACUAGAUUUCUAAAUAAAGGAAGGACUUUAUGAGGGGACUUUAUGGGAGAGAGGUUUAGGAGCAGGACAGAGGCCUGCAGUGCUGACAGGGUUUCUGAAGGAGCAUGAACGUGUGGAAGUCUGUGUGUCUGUCACGAACGAAACAAAGACAUUACUGCACUGAUACAGCAACUGGGACUGGCAGCUGGUACUCUCCAUUUCUACUGCAGCGAGACCCUCUCCCAGCUUUGAAGUCAUUCAUUGAAGGCGUCCAAAUGCUGUUAUUGGAGGGGGGGGGGGUGAUGGGGAAGAGAGAUUUAGUGCAUUUAAUCUUGUAUGUGUUUUUUUAUUUACAUUUUUUUGUUUGUUUUAUAUAUUAUUUUGUCAUGGUAUUGAUUCCUGUGCCAGUACAGUACAUUCCUAUGAGCGUUUGGGCUUUCCCUUCUGUCACGGCGGGACUGGCUGCAACAUCUGUGUGCUGGAUUAUUCACAUCAUCACAGGCAGGUCAUUUACUUCAUACAGCUGACACUCGUAAUGUCGGGGGAGAAAAUCGUGUUUUUAUGGCGUGAAGAUGAUGUCCAGCAAGGCUUCAGUGAGGAGUUCUGCUGGGUGGGCCUACCAGUCAUUCACACAGGCGAACCCAGAUAAUAAGACUCUUCUGAUCCCACUAAAGCAACAUGGGGCUGUGUAGUGGGUCACGUGAUCAUUCUGAGAUGUCCAUUUACCGACAGGGGGAGGGGGGGUACUUCCUUGCCACAGCCAUUUUCAAAUUGUGACCUUCGAGAGGAAGACAAUCCUUAAGCGCAGACCAAACCUUUACAAGAGCAAAGGCGAUUUAAUGCCUUUGUUCCUGCUUUAUUUCACGUGUAGCCUGUGCAGCCAGCAGCUCCACAGCUGGGAUGUUGUUCAGGAAGUGAGGUGUUCCUUCUUCCUUCAGGGUAUUCCCUGCCAGCUGAUUGGAGGAUAUCUGCCUGCACCAGCUGUGCCGUUUGUGCAGUCGUUUGAAAUGGCUGAAUUCCCCUAGACUAACAGCUGAGCUGUGAGGAGGCAUGCCUUUCCAAAAUCGGGGGGAAUUAAUAAGUAAUACUGAUAAUAAUGAUUAAAAAGCCAUACCACUUUUUGCGCACUUAUCCUUUAUCUUUUGUCAGACUCGUUUAGAUGGAGUAUGCAGAAGCACCCCAGUCUUUUCCAUAUCUCAUUGUAAGGCUGCUGAAUUGGAACAGAUGCUGUGGUUUGAUACUUUUGUGCAUUUUAAUGGCCUUGAAGUCAAAGGAAUUGUGUUUUCUCAGGAAUAAAAUGUCUGGAUUCUGUCCUGUUAGUAUUUGUGUGUUUAAUUAGCAUGUAAUAGGAAAGUCUCACUUAUGUUGAAAUCCGGUUUCCCAUCCGAGGAGAAGCAGGUGAUCAACAGUACUGGGUUCAGUGCUGUCUAAUAUUCAGUGCUUAUGUGUUGCCCAGGGUUGUGGAUGCGUCCAAUGAGUCCAAUUGAAAAUUCAGCCCAUGCAUAAAGAUUUUGUCACCUCGGUUUAAAGCUCUUCUCAAUGGAGCCUUCCUGAUCCACUUCCUACUGAGCAUGCUCAGUGAGGAGACUCGAUACUGAGCAUGCUCACAGACAUCAAAAUCCUCUCCCUCACUCUGCACUGAGCAUGCUCAGUAUGAGCUGUCGUCCCACCAAACCCCUGGCAAAUGCAUUGUGGGUAACGGGUUUCAUUGCUGAAGAAACACUACUCCAUCCUGAACAGUGGUGCCAU